AUGGCGUCUCCUCUCCUUCUCUUCAAGGGGCUCCUGCUCAUAGCCUGCUGGAGUGCAAAUGCUGCCAUGGCCCAGCUGUCUAUUGAGGCUCUGCCACCCUCUCUUCCUGAAGGGGGAAACGCUCUUCUACGAGUUGAUAAUCAGGCAGAGAAGCCUCAGGUCUUUUUCUGGUACAAGGGGAAACGUGCUUUUGAAGAGUUUAAAAUUGCACAUUAUGAAACGGCCUCUCAGACGCUUAAGUGGGGGCCGAAGUACAGCGGCAGGGAGAGGAUUUACACCAAUGGAUCUCUGUUGCUCCAGAACGUCACCCAGGAAGACACAGGGAUCUACACCCUAGAAAGCUUCGAUACGUACUAUCGGUGUGAAGUAGCACAUGUCCACUUCCAAGUGUUCAAGAUUUUGACACAGCCCUACCUCCGGGUCAACAACAUUAUACUGGAAAGGUGGAAGUCUGCAAUCUUUGAGUGCCUGUCACCUGACACUGGGGUUGACAUCACUUGGUUCUUCAAUAACAAACCCCUUGAUUUCAACAAGAGGAUGGCCCUAUCACCCGAAAAGCGCAGACUCAUCAUAGUUCCCCUCAGGGUGAAGGAUACAGGGGAGUAUCAGUGUGAGGUCUCCAGCUCCUUCAGUUCCAGGAAGAGUAACCCCAUCUCCUUGAUCUUGAUCCGCAUGUGA